AUGUCGGCGACGCCGAAGCUGUACAACGAGGCGGACGUCGCCGCCCUCGUUCGCUCGCUCGACCGGGCCGAGGACCACCACAUCUUCGCCGUAGAUGUCCUGGAGACGUACCCGUACUUGGCGGAGUCGUACACGAAGGUCUGCCCGCGACGCUGCGAUCUCGCGACCGCCGCGCAGAAGGCGCUGGAGGGAGCCUACAGCUACGAUUUGCGUCUGGAAGGGCUCAAGGCCGACAUUGCCCUGAUGGCGUCGAACUGCGUCGCGUAUAACGGCCCCACGAGCGCGUACGCGGAGACAGCGGCGAAGUUUGAGCGCUACGCGCUCGAGCAGAUCGAUGCCUUUGUCUUGCAGCACAACGGCGGGUGCCGCGUGUCGCGUCUGCGCUUGCCGAGGGCGAGCGCGUCGCAAGAGCACGCGUCGGCGGAUGGUACCGCGCCAAAGAAGGGAAGCACUGGCACGUCGGCGGCGUACAAGACCGCAGCGGCGGCGCUCCCGAGUACGCGGGAGAUGGUGCAGCUGGUGGAUUCGCUGAAUAGACGCGAAGACGGCGGUGCCUUCUCCGUAGACGUGGCGGAGGCGUACCCGGACCUGCGCGACAGCUAUCGAAAGAUUUGCCCGCGCCCCAUGAACCUCAUCCUCAUGCACCAACGCGCGAAGGAGGGGUACUACACAAGUGGCUCCGCCACCGUCUACGGCGACACCGUUGCCGCGUCCUUAACGAGGCUCCGUGAGGACAUCGAGCUGCUCGUGCGCAACUGCAUCACCUUCAAUGUGAAGGUGCAGUCGUGGGUGACGCUCGCGCGCUCCUUUCAGGCCUUUGCGCACCGCCGCGUGGACGACUUUGUCCUCCGUCGCGCCACAUUUCUGCGCGGCACGGCGAUGGGUGCGGAUGUGUACGAGAGCAAAGGCAACGCAUCGGCCUCCGCUCCCUCAGCGACGGCAAGCGGUACUGCGGGCGGUGAUGACGCCGACCGCUCCGGGCAGGCGAGCCCGACAGCCGCGGCUGACACGGUCACGGCGACCAGUGGGGGCAUCGGCGGCAGCGCGGUGGCAGCUGGUUCGCGCAAACGCGAGCGCGCGGAUGAGCGUGUCACCGCCUCCGGUGGCCGUCUUCGCGCCCCUGUCCCAGUGUCUCGGGUGCAGGUUGUCGCAGAAGCAACGCCGCAGGUCUGCCCUACCCCUCUCCAGCCAAGCUUGACGAUCCCGCCGCUGCUGCGGCGUAGGCUGACCCUGGACCACGUGCGCCACACGCGGCUGCCUCUGCGACGAGUCGGAGUGUCCGUGUCGCGCGACGAGCUGUACCCGCCUGCGGUCUCCCCCGCUGACGUCAAAGCCUCCUCCGAUUCUUCAGCUGCGGCUGGUGGCGCAGAGGCGGCGACAGCAUCGACGGCGAUGGUGAACAUCGACGCCUCCUGUAGCGCGAGUCACGUGCUUAAGCUUCUGCGCGAGUCCGUGGUCAAAUUCUUCGCAGCGCAGCGCAGUGGCACGGACUUUGUCGACACGUUUGCCUACUCUGCGCGAGAGGAACAGUUAUAUCUCUCCGUGCUCGCGGUGGUGGCGGAGAAGUACCAGUGCACCGCAGCGCACCUUCUACUGUACGAAACCGAGUCUGCUGAGCUCCAGGAGUGGGCCGCACUGCGUGCCUUGGACAGCUGCCGCGAUGCAGGCCGGAUGGCGCCGGCGUCGGCCGACGCCGGCGACACCAUUGCGGGCGACCUUCAUUAUUUGUACUUUGUGCGUUUUCUCGUGCAGUGGCCGCAGCUCGCCUCGCUGUGCUGCACCACGGCCACCCCCUCGUCAGUCCCGGCCAGCGCGGCAGCUGCGCGAGGGGCGGCGCAGGGCUCGCUGCGCAUCUCACGCGAGCAGCUCAAAGUUGUGGCGCAAGUGACGCACAUCACGCAGGAAUUUCUUCAGUUCGUCGAGGCCAUCGAGGAGCGGCAGCGCCAGUAA